UCACGGUCCACCGAAUGCUUGGCUACCAUUGCCGAGGAAGUAGAAGAUGAAGAGUCCGACGCCACUGAUGACACCGAGGACCACUACAAAUCGCUCAACGCGUGCUUUCUCCAGACAUUCAAGGACGCUACAGACUACGCACACGUCGAAUGUGACGAGCAAGAGGAUGAGCAGGUGGACGAAGCCGACGAGACCGACGAUGCAGCCACAUCAACAGCAGAUGACAGUGACAGCUGCUAUGAUGACGGGAAACAGCCAGAAGGCCGCAGGACGCCAAGAUAGCCGAACGGUCCAGGAGUGAGAUGCACACCAUGGAUAUCUGCUGCGACAUUUUGCGCAACCGCAUGGACUACGUCGGCGAGAAGGCCGACUGCAGGUACUGGCCACUGGUCCAGCGCCUGAUUUCGCAUGCAGAAGACACAUGUACCCCGACGCGACGUUCGCUGGCAUCAAUACUGCCAAAGCUCUUCCACAGCAAGUCGUCUGACAGCCCGGCCGACAUCGCCACAUUCUGGGUCAAGCGGCUAGCCACGCAGCAGGACUACCCGCCAGCGCUGUACACGAUCGGAUGCUGGUACGCCGACGGCUGGCUACGUAUCAAGCCGAAUGUGAAGCUGGCAACCCAGUACCUAUGCCGGGCAGCGACCCUCGAGCACCCACCAGCAACGCUCAAGCUAGCCUCAGUGUUUGAGAGCCAGGACGAGAUAAUCAAGUCGCGGCUCUUUUACAUGCGCGCUGCGCAGCUGCUGGAUCCAGUGGCCAUGAUCCGCCUGGCCGUGGCCUACCUGCAGGGCGAGCUGGGCGUGGUUCCAAACAGCCGCAUGGCGAAUAAAGUACCUGAAGGAGGCCACAGACCACGCAACCGAGGACUGCCCCUACGGAGCCUACCUGCUGGCCCGCGUGCACUCUCGGAGAGUCCCUGAGCAAUCUGCCCCUGGACAGAUAUGUGCCCUACUGUCCGCACUCGGCACGGAAGCUAUUGCGCAAGGCUGCCAGCCUUGGCUGUGGGCCAGCCAUGCGGCGUCUGUCUGGGCUGUACGGGACCGGCGAGCACGAGACCAAGGUCGAUUACUCCAAGGCACUGGAGCUGUUCAGCGAUGCCAGUCAGAAACCGGUUCCGCAAUGCUGCUGCAGCGCCACUCUUUGUGCGAUCCAGCGUGCGGCUGACGAUCUGGAGAGGUGUUUGUAUAGAUGACUUUUAUUUUUU